GCGCCCCGCCCGCCUUCCGGGUUCUUAUAGAGCCGCGGGCGGCGGUUGGCGACGGGACGUCGGCGACAUGGCGACUGGACUACUUGUGGUUCUGGUGCUCGCGCUGCUUGGCUCCGAGAGCGGCUCCGGGGCGGAGAACAAAAUCUUGACUACCAUAACUGAUGAUGGCUCCAAAACACUCCUCACCUGCACCUUGAAUGACUCCAGCGCUGAGAUCCUAGGACACCACUGGAAGAAGGGGGACAGGGUGCUGCAUGAGGACUCGCUGACAGAUUCGACAAUGAAGUACACGAUAGAUACAGAUGAGCGCAUGGGGCGGUACUUCUGCAUCUUCCUCUCGGAUACUGAACUCAGGGCCUCCGUGGAUGUGAAAGGGUCUCCCAAGAUUAAGGCUGUGAAGAAGUCAGAGCAUGCCACCGAGGGGGAGAGUGUUGUGCUGGCCUGCAAGUCUGAGUCUUUCCCUCCAGUUACUGACUGGGUGUGGUACAAGAUGAGUGAUGGCGGGGACCAGGUUCUCACCAACAACUCCCAGAACAAGUUUGUGCUGUCUUCGGAGACCAAGACAGAGCUGCACAUCCAGAACCUAGACCUGGAGGCGGACCCUGGAAAGUACGCCUGCAAUGGCACCAAUGCAGAGGGCACCGACCAGGCAGUAAUCACCCUGCGCGUACGCAACCGCCUCGCCGCCCUCUGGCCCUUCCUGGGUAUCGUGGCCGAGGUGCUUGUGCUAGUCACCAUCAUCUUCAUCUAUGAGAAGCGGCGGAAGCCGGACGAGGUCCUGGAUGAUGAAGACACGGGCUCUGCCCCACUGAAGAGCAGCGGUCACCACGUGAAUAACAAAGGCGAGAAUGUCAGACAGAGGAAUGCUAACUGAGUGAGCAAUCCAGGCAGUGAGGAGGAGUCUGCACAGGCCUGAGCUGCUGUCCAGAGGAGCCCGGUGUUCCAGGUGUUCCUGGUAUUCGCACCAUUCCAAGUCCUCUCCUCUUAAAGGAAACCUAACCUGCCAAGUAGACAACGCUGUGGAUUCAAAUCACAUGUUUUCACUUAUUUUUAAAAGAAACUAAACUAGGGUUUUCUCUAUGGAGAAUUCCAUUCCUUAGGGGUUUUGUUUUUUAUUUUUAAGUGCACUCUAGGGGAGCCGUGAGGUUCUGUUGGAGACCUCUGCUAUCCCCUGCCUAUCCCCUUCCUGUUACCUCCUUGUAUGUACCUCAGCUCAUACCCUCAGUGUCCCCUGGGCAUUUUAAUUUAGCCUUUUAGUUCAUCAUGCUGGGGGGCUGUGGAGGGAAGACUGGCUUUUUCCCUGAGAUUCCUUCCAUAGGUUAUCUCCUGAGACUGCUGGGCCUUGGUUCUACUGCUUCCCUGCCUUUUUCAGAAGGUCACAAGUCACGAUGCCUGACAUCCUGCCUGUCUGAAGCAAGUGCUGUCACAUCACCACAGGUCUGUGUGACCUGGGACAGGCUGACCUCACUGUUCCUGCCAUCCCCAUGCUGGGGAGCAGUGGUCUGGGUGACCAUCAUGGAACGGGAGUUGCUAAACAGCCCCUUUCCCAUCUGUGCCAAUAGUAACUGAAAAAAAACCUUCCCCAUCUGGGUCUGAGGCUUCUUCCUCCACAGCGUCCUGACUCACAUGAGAACCCCCACCCCACCUGUCUGCUCACCAAUAAAGGCUGACCCGCCUCUCCCUC